UCCACAACGUUUCUACACUGCCAAUUCUCCCCAUUUCUUGCUCCAAAACCACCAAGAACUGCAUCAGGAUCAGCCGGAAUCCCAAUCUUGUACACAAAGAGAUAUCUGCAUAUAUCUUCGUGUCGUAGCAACAUCCAUUGAUCUCUAUUACAGCGCAAGUUUGUAGCACGCAACUGCGCAGGUGGUGUCAUCAUAAAUGGCGAGGCUGAGCCAUGGCCUCCUGGGCGCCCUGAACCUGGUGACGCUCCUCCUGUCCCUGCCGGUGCUGUGCGCGGGCGUCUACUUCCGCAUGCGCGCCGCCACGGAGUGCGAGCGCGCCCUGCAGCUCCCCGUCAUCGCGUUCGGCGGCGCGCUUCUGGUGGUCUCCCUCGUCGGCCUCGCGGGUGCCUGGGGGCACCGCGGCGCCGCCACGCCGUUCCUCUGGGCGUACGUGGUGUUCAUGUUCCUUCUCGUCGUCGCCGUCUUCGCGCUCACCGUGUUUGCGUUCGUGGUCACCAACCGUGGUGCGGGCGGCGCCGUGUCCGGGCGCGGGUACCGGGAGUACCGCCUCGGGGACUACUCCGGCUGGCUGCAGGCGCGGAUCGCCGAGCCGGAGACGUGGCGGCGCGUCGAGAGCUGCCUCUCCGAGGCGCGCGUGUGCGGCGGCCGGCCGUCCGACGGCGCCGUGGGCCGAGACGCCACGGAAUUCUACAAGCGACACCUCUCGCCCAUCCAGUCUGGUUGCUGCAAGCCGCCCACGCGGUGCGGGUUCCGGUAUGUGAACGCCACCUUCUGGGCGGCCCCGGGAUCGGGGUUGUCCACGACGGCGGCCGGCGACGGUGACUGCCGGGCAUGGAGCAACGGCAUGCAGGUGCUGUGCUUCGAGUGCGAUGCGUGCAAGGCCGGCGUGCUGGAGACUGUCAAGACGAAGUGGAAGGCGGUCGCGACCGUGAAUAUUGCCCUCCUCGUGCUCCUCGUCGUUGUCUACACGCUCGGGUGCUGCGCCUUGCGCAGCAAUGGCGGAAGCCGGUACUUCAAGGACGGUGCACGCUCUCCGUUAAGCCAGAGAAGAGAAGAUGGCGAGAUCGAGACUGUAUCGUCUUCAGCAACGGAGGCGUCAUCACCGUUUUCCACCGCAACUCACGACAUCAUCCAAACGGCGGCAUAA